UCUCUCUCUCUCUAUUCUUUCUCUCCCGUGUGUGUGAAUAAGGGAGAGAGAAAAGGGAGAAAGAUAGAACACAAGUUCAUUUCAUUCUCUUCUCUCUCUGUUGCUUCACCAAGUGUAGGCUGCAUGCGCAAGUCUUCUUGCUUGCUGUGAUGCCUAUGAAAAUUAGAACUUAUAGAUCCUGAGUACUUGUUUAGAUAGAACAGAGUUUCUAGUUUUCAUAUCAUACAUUGUUUUUUGUUUUUCUCACUUUUUUUUAAAGACUUUAUGGGUUCUCUUAGAGGAAGCGUUGAAGAGCCUAUCUCUCAGUCAUUACCUAGACAAAACUCUCUAUACAACUUAAAGCUCCAUGAGGUUCAAACCCACUUAGGAAGCUCCGCAAAACCAUUAGGAAGCAUGAACCUUGAUGAGCUUCUCAAGAGUGUUUGGUCUGCUGAAGCUACCAAUCAGCCACCAGAAGCAACAGAGGCAGGGCUCUCUCGUCAAGGAAGCUUGACUUUGCCACGUGGUCUCAGCAAGAAGACAGUUGAAGAGGUUUGGAGAGACAUUCAACAGGACAAGAACGGAAGCAGUGUUGCUGAUCCUCAUGGUGAGAGGAUAGAUAAUCAUUGUAAUAAGCAGCCUACACUCGGUGAAAUCACACUUGAGGAUUUGUUGUUGAAAGCUGGUGUAGUGACUGAGACAAUAGUCCCUCAAAAUGUUGUCAACGUAGCUUCAAGUGGGCAAUGGGCUCAGUAUCAUCAGCCUCAGCAUCAAAACCAAGGGUUUAUGCCAUAUCCUGUUUGUGAGAUGCAAGAAAUGGUGUCUCCAAGGACUUUGUUGAUGAGUGGGUUAUCUGAUGCACCACAAGCGCAUGGGAGGAAGAGAGUGGCUCCAUCAGGAGGAGAUAUUGUGGAGAAGGUUGUAGAGAGGAGGCAGAAGAGGAUGAUCAAGAACAGAGAAUCUGCUGCACGUUCAAGAGCUAGGAAACAGGCUUAUACUCAUGAAUUAGAGAUCAAGGUUUCAAGCUUAGAAGAAGAAAAUGAAAAACUUAGGAGGCUAAAGGAGGUGGAGAAGAUCCUGCCAAGUGAACCACCACCAGAUCCUAAGUGGAAGCUCAGGCGAACAAGCUCUGCUUCUUUCUGA